AUGAUGCUGGGGGGGCCGCAGCUGGUGCCGGGCCCGGCGGCGCUGGCGGGGGCGGGCGGGGAGCGGGCCCGGCUGCUCUCGCUCUACGUGCAGGACUAUCUGGAGUGCGUGGAGUCGCUGCCGCUGGACAUCCAGCGCAACGUGUCCCUGUUGCGGGAGCUGGACACGCAGUGCCAAGAAGCAUUAAAAGAAAUCGAUGAUGUCUAUGAGAAAUAUAAGACAGAAAGUGAUCCCAUUCAGAAGAAACGGUUGCAACAGCAUCUUCAGCGAGCACUAAUCAACAGCCAAGAACUGGGAGAUGAGAAAAUUCAAAUAGUUACUCAGAUGCUUGAACUGGUAGAGAAUAGGGCCCGGCAAAUGGAGACCCACUCUCGGUGUUUCCAAGAGUCAGAUAAUGAAAAGCCUCUAGAAAAGGCAAAAGUGGAAUCUUGCCAACCAGAAAGAUCUUCGCGUAGACCCCGUCGCCAGCGGACCAGCGAAAGUCGUGAUCUGUGCCAUAUAACAAAUGGGAUUGAAGACUGCGAUGACCAGCCACCUAAAGAAAAGAGAUCCAAAUCGGCCAAGAAAAAGAAACGCUCCAAGGCCAAACAAGAAAGAGAAGUUUCACCUGUUGAAUUUGCAAUAGAUCCCAAUGAGCCAACUUACUGCUUAUGUAACCAAGUGUCCUAUGGAGAAAUGAUAGGAUGUGACAAUGAACAGUGUCCCAUUGAGUGGUUUCAUUUUUCAUGUGUUGGACUCACCUAUAAACCAAAGGGGAAAUGGUAUUGUCCCAAGUGUAGAGGAGAUAAUGAGAAAACUAUGGACAAAUGUACUGACAAAUCAAAAAAGGAUAGAAGAUCAAGGUAGUGAAUGCUAUAAAUGUUUUAAAGGGUUGUGUGUCUUUUAUAUAAAAAUUGUUUAAUUUACAGAGAACAAUGUUUUAGGAAAAAUGCAUAAGACUAUGCAAUAUUUUUUAAUCUAUAGUAUUAAUGGAGUAUUAAAAUCUGUUAUACUUUCUGUGAUCUUUAACUUUCUGCACUGAAUAACCAAAUAAUUGAAACAGGGUGGCCUCAGAACUGCACAAAUGGAAUUACAUGUAGUGUUAUGGGGUUUUCUGGUUUUUGUUUCACUUAAACUCCCUGUUGUGUUAGCAUUUAAAAAAAAUCCUGAAAUUAAUGGUGGUGGGGAAGCACUGAAAGACUGGUCAUAUUACAAGAGUAUUGGUAAUGGUAUUUAACCUCUCUAGUACUGUUUCACAACCUCAGACAGUUACUAGAAUCUCCAUUUGUUGUGAACUGAAUCUGUUCUACAUCCCAUGCCUCAAGUUUUCAGAUUCUGUGUUAACAUCACAUAAUUUCUGGAAUGAGGGUUCAAGAAUUCAACUGUUAAUUGUAAAAUAGUCUUCCAAGCUAGAAAGCAACCUGUUUCUUCAGUGGCUUUCAUAUGAUGAAUGUAUUAUUUCCAGGAAGAAAAUGCCACUAAUUUAUGCUUUUUAUGUCAAUAUUAAACUGUUCCCUUGGUGACUUUA